AAUGUUUCCCUGAGCCAGUUGAUAAUCUGUGUCUUCAAUUUAAGGGUACAGAGGCUUACGAUGUCUCGUAAAAAGCUGCCGUGCUGCACUUUGCAAGCGCUCUUUCUGCAGAUUCUGGGCUUAGCAUGCUUCAUGUUCUUUUCACAGUUGUCUGGUGACUGGUUCAGGGCGGCUCUGAUAAAGGCUACUGACCUAGGAAGAGAAACGAGUGGAUUGUUGCUGUAUGCUAGGCAUAGGUCAAAGAAACUGGCAGAUUUCUCUACGAACCACAAUGCAACAGCCGAGCCAGUUCUCAACUACCCGGAUAACCCGAGUAGAGAAAAGCAGUUCUUGGAUAGAAUCUCAGAAACGGAAGAAGAUAGAUAUGGAAAUAUAUCAUUGAAGUUGCCGGGAAACAUCUUAACGAACUUAAUACCACCUCGCUUGGAACGACCUCGCUUCCAACUUGAAGACAUUCCUUACACCAGAGACCAACACCACUUAAAAUCGGUUUGUCCUGGCAGUCUCCGUGGGAAAGUCCAGUCGUCCGUGUGGUUCAAGAACCGGUUCGUGGAAGACGUCAAACUUUUCAUGGACCGCGAGGACCUGGAGGAUACUUACUGGGAAACUCAUCUCAGUGCAUACUUCGCUCUGCCUUUUGGAUACAAGGCUAGAGAACACAGUAACAGAAAAGCAACCGAGCGUCUGAUUGGCAUGUUGGACAACCCGGAUGUGUUCGGUUUCCAUGGUGACCAGCAGAGGAAGCCUUGCGUGCGGUGCGCAGUGGUGGGGACAGGGGGCGUUCUGAAAGGGUCCGGGAAGGGACAAGAGAUAGACGGGCACGAUUAUGUCUUCAGAUUGAACCAUGCUCUCAUGCAGGAGCCAUAUACUAUUGAUGUCGGCAAAAAGCUGUCCUUUUACAUCUUCUUUCCGGAGUCACAUCGUACGAACCAAAUGAUUUCCAGCGCGCAUGCACUGCAAAUCUACAUUCCUUUCAAGACGUCAGACCUGGACUUCAUCACCAGAUGGUUACACAACCGGACCCUUCCAAACUGUGGCCCCUUGUGUAGAAGGAGUCUCAACUCUAACCUCAACCGCACCACAAUGAAGGUUAUACAUCCUGACUUUAUCCGUUACGUCUUUGCAAACUACAUGAACACGUCACUAUCUUGGCGGCCAACCACGGGGGCUAUGACAGCCUUCCUGGCUAUUCAACUGUGCGACGUUGUGAACAUCUACGGCUUUGGUUAUGACCCACGAUUCCCUAUGCACUACUAUGACAACCGCGCGAUCCCCAAACAACGUGCAGACGGGGAAGUAAAGGAGGGCGCGCACGACUACAGCGAGGAGAGGCGUCUGUGGGAGAGACUGCACGAGGAGAAGAUCAUCUACUGGUACACUCGUCAGAAUCAAACAUCAACCUAGCGGAAAGGUUCCAUUUAAGAAGUCGUAAAUAUAUAUACAGACAAUAAACGAUACUCAAAUGCAGAUUUGAAAGUCUACGAAUAUACUUCGGUACAUUGCUUUACGUUUCAAGGAAAGCAUCGUUUGGACUGAAAAGAUAUAUCUAUUAUUAUUAUACGACUAUCAUGCCAUCUACAUGAUUUAUAUUUCAUAGAUUAUAAUUAUCUAUAGCUAUCAGAUUGUAUAAGUAGAUAAUAUAACAUAUUGUCAUAAAGUGCUCGUAGAUGAACUUGAUGUCGACCCAUUUGGAAGCCUCGCUACAUAUAUUAGAGAUGCUUUUGUUUGCACAAAGAUUUCAUCAGCAGAAACUACUCAUUCACAAAAACGACAAUCCAAACAUUUGGUAAUAAAAAUUUAUUCCAUCA